CAGACAACAGAGAGACUGAAGGAGGAGGACAAUGUGGUGGCUUUGGACGGUGGCCUUGUGUCCUCUGAUAGAAUCCUUCAGAGAAGGAAAAGCUGAGGAAGCGAUUGGAACUCUGGGAGGAUCUGUAACUUUCCAUCUGAAGACUUCGAAAGAAUUCACAUCAGUCUCCUGGCUUAGAUCUGUCCAAGAUAAACCUGUUCAUUUUGCUUCUCUGGAUCUGGAAGCAGGCCGGCCCUGUGACAUCAAGGUUAUCUUCCCAAAAUUUGAAAGGCGAUUGGAUGUCUCAAGGGACUGCAAGAACUUACAAAUCAGGAAUCUAACUCAAGAUGACUCUGGAACAUACAGAGCACAAAUAGGGGAAGAUGGUGGGACCUUCAGGCUGAAGGUGUACAAACAUCUGUUGGAGAGCGAUCUGGAAGUCCAAUGCGAAAUGCACGUACUCAGUGAUGGGACUUACAUCUUGCAGCUGAACUGCUCUGCGGGGAAGUGGGGAGAUGGAGUAUCUUACAUCUGGACCCCAACUAGCAAAACUAUAGACAGCUCCUUCCAUAUUGUCCAGAGCGAUUUUCAAGGCAAUGACACAAACUGCACCUGCACCUGCACAGCAAACAAUCCUGUAAGCAGUGCCUCCAAGACAGUCUCCAUAAAGCAGGCCUGUGAAGGUCAAGGUGCCGUGGAGUUCACUGGUGGCCACCCUCCAUACGUGCUUACUGGAAUUACAAUUGCAGCACUAAUUAUUGUGAAAGUGAUUGUUAACGUUAUUUCUGUGAAGUGCUUUUUCAGCACCAAGCAAAGAAACACCCCAGAGAAGCUGGGAUGAGAGUGCAGCAUUGAGCAGGAGCAAAAGGUGAGAAAGCUGCACCUGAGCUGUCCUAACUUCCUCCAAGCCCAUUUUCUUGCACCUACCAAGUUUCCUUAUUGCUGCUCUUUGGAAGACCCAUUCAGCGCCAGUAAUCUCUAUAUAAGAAUACGUUCUGGCAAAACUGAAACUUGAGGUCCGGCGCCAGAAAUGCAUCUUUGCUGAUUCUCAAGACUGGAUGAACUUGGACUGUGGAUCUGAUCUGAAACUGUUUCUUCCAAGAUUGAUUACAGUUGAAACAUUUAAAACUGAUUCCAUAGGUUUUCCUUUGAUUUUACUGUAUGCUUGUGUAAUAUCUCUGCUUUGUAAUGUUUGUUGACACCUCCUUUGUCAAAUGUUGAAGACAACCCAGAAACUCCCUUGGGUUUUGGAAUGCAGAGACUUGAUUAUUAUUGGCAGCAAGGCAGAGUAUGCGUAUUACAGUGUUUUCAACAGGGAGACAA